UGGUCAACAGUCUGGUGGUGGCUGUACUUGAUCACGAACACUUCCGGCUCAAACUGAUCUACGGCAGGAAGAAAAAGAUCGUCAACAGUCUACGGGAGUCGGAGAUCAAAUUGCAGUUGUUUAGGGCCCAAUGCAACGCCCUGAAACGACUGUGUUACAAUGAAGGCAUAGACGAGUCCAAGAUAGACCAGAUCCUCAUGGUGGAGGAGUGUGUUGUCAAUAAAGCUGGGAAAAGUAAAUGCAAGAUCAAGAUUGAUAACUCAAGUGUAAUCUUACUGAACGACAAGAGUGACUUCCCCCGCCUUUCACCACGCCCCUCCCUCCUCAACCUGGUGGACAGAGGUGGACGCCGGAAGUCCAUGCAGCCUCAAUGUCUCUCCAGCAUUGACCGGGAACUUUACCUCAAGGAAUCCGCCAAGGACACCAGUAAGAAAGGACUUUUCAAAACCCGCGCUCGCUCCAACUCUGAGAGUGGGCGGGGCACGCUGAGCUCACCAGACGAGGGUCCAGGGUUGUUGGGUGGGAUGGGGGACGGUGGGGUCAGUGGACUUAGCACGCCGGUCGUGAUAGACAGAAAGAGCAGCCUCAACUCGCCCAUGAUUGCGAAUCACGUGAGGAAUAUCCUCAACUCUCUGGAGGAGAAAGGGGGAGCAGGGAUGAUGGGGGGAGGGGGAGGGGGGAGCACGAGUCACGUGAACGGAGGUUAUCCCACUCGUUUCGGCAGAGGUCGCGGGAGUAUGGACAGUGACCCGGGCAGUUCGUUGGCUGAAGUGACCAUCGACUACAACAGGAGACGAUCUUACGACGACCGCAUGGUGGCGUCCACGAGCAGCAUCAACGGGUCAAAGGUCAACGGGAAAAGAAGGGGCUCGUUGCAGCCGCAGAAGCGGGUGGAUGAAGGGGACGAGGAUGUAGGGUUCUCCCCCGAGAACGUCUUGUUGAUUCCCACCAUUGCCGAGGCGUCGACGAGGUCAGAGGAAAAAAUCAGUGAAGCGAGUCGACCUUCCUCUUUGGUGAGGGAUAAAACACCAGAGUCUGCCGCGACCUCAUUGUUACCAGCGUCCCCUGCUGCCCCUGCUCAGCGCCCCCCUGUGUUGAUAGCUCCCACAAUGAUUCAGAUCCAGCCGCCGUCGACAACCGUCACGCCCUCCACGUCACCAUCUCCCAGCGGCAGCAACUACGUCACCAGCAAAAUGGCGUCGUUUGAACCGUUUAACGUGUCCAGCGAAGACACCGGAUCGUCAACGCCCACCGCGGCAUCCUCCCCCACUUUGAAUGGUAGUAACGUUCAGGAGAGGAGUGGCCGUGGCGGUGGGGAAAGAUCUGUUGGUGAUAGUUCUGGUGGUAAUGGUGGUGGACAUGGUGGUGGUGAUGGUGGUGGUGGACAUGGUGUAUCUGAAAGUGGUGAGAAAAGAGACGGCAAUAACGCUGCCGGUGGUUCGCCAACCUUCCGACCGAAGACACUACGCACCCCGUCCGAUAUAGAGAACGAGAACAAUUUAACCCAAUCAGAAGAGACUUCUGACGGCUGUGCCUCCAGAAGUGUGGACGACGAGUGCGUCACGAGGAACACAUCAGUUGAUGACGUGGACGAUGAGUUGCUGGGAGACGCCAUGACAGACAAUGACGUCGUCACAAUCACCUCAGAAGACCAGGUUGUUGUGUCUGGAGACACCACCUCACGGCCGCUCUUUACCUCAGACAAUCAUCUAACAGGCGCAAGUAAAACGCCACACGGUUUAUCUAUAUCCAACGGCGGGCCAUCGUCAUCGUCGUCCCAGACAUCAGCCAAUCACAAGACUGCGAUUCCCGAAGGGGGUUUGGCUAACAAUGCUGUACCACCCAGAGCCAAGCCCCGGUCCCCGCCCAGCCUCCAUGAUGACGUCAUCCGACACGGGAACAGCCUCAGCGAUUCGCUGCCCUCUGUGGACGAAGACGAGUUCCAGUCAUCGUCUGCCUCCAAUUUGUUGAGCUGAAGAAAUCUUUUAGACGUUAUUCCUUCAAUCAAUUAAUUAACCCCAACUUUCAACACCAGUACAUUAUAAAAUUUUCAAAACCAACAGUUACACAACAAAAAUCAUUGCGAUAUUCAUUGUUUGGAAGCAAAAGUUUAAGAGGAAUUUGAUUUGAAAUUUAAUUUUUAGGUUUCAACUGGAACAUGGACUAGACUGACCACAUCUUGAUUGGCUAUAAUCAAUUGUACUACUCCUCCCCACUACCACCUCCUUGAUCAUGUAGAUAUUUAUUCUUAGCAAACCCUCAUCUAUGUCAUGAUUUGUUCACAUUACUUAUUGCUCUAGAAAAUGUUUACAGCCUUUUGCAGUCUUACGGUCCUCCUCUUUCUCUGCUGGCGCUUAGUUCAGAUUUAGGUUACACACAACUAAUUGGUUGUACUGUACGUUUAACAUGCUGGCAUUUACCGGCAUUUCUGCUGUAGCAGUUAGGCGCUUCGAAAUCACACGCAGAAGAUUCCAGUUCGGUUCUCGUGUUGAGAUAAUCUUUUUUUAAGUAUCUCAGCUUUUCUGCUGGAAUGGUGUAUCCAUCUCACCUCGGAUUGGUCCUGACAGGUUAGGUCAAAGCUCGCUUUCUAAAGGAUCUUAAGUGCGUCAAUAGAGGCAUAAAACACCAACAUUUUUUUAAAAUCGUAACUUUGAAGUGCUAUAGAAUAAAAGAUGUUGUGGGAUCGGAGGGUGCAACUGAUAGGAUCAGACUCUUAACUGUCCAUCUAUUGUUUAUUCCUGCCUUUUACGGUUCAGUUUUUUUUUUAAAUCCUGCACAAAAUGACCCCUGCCGUAUCGACAUGCUUCUUCUUAAUUCAAAAGUAACGGAGAAAGAACACCAUGCAUAAUUUCAAUUCGUGUCUGUUGACUAGCUAUAUUAAUCAUAUCAGGAGAAAUAGAACUAACGCUCCACCAGAUUUACUGAGAGGUGGACAGACAGAGUCAGAGAGGGGAAUUUUUGCCUUGAUGUUUUCUCAUGUACAAUGCUGUCUUGUGGGCGCGUGUCGCUUUCAUGAAGCAAUGACAACAUUGUAACAGGAGGGUCAGGACCGAAACCUGUGGUGACUAUUUCUUUUACUUUCUGUGCCUAUCUGUCCCUCUCUGACUCUCUGUAUCUCACUUCUUUGCCUAUCUAUCUAUCUAUCUAUCUAUCUAUCUAUCUAUCUAUCUAUCUAUCUACCUAUCUAUCUAUCUA